AUGGCAUGUGGAACAAACCACUUCCAGAGCAUGUCCAUAGAGCAGAACAGAUGUGAGUCAAGCUCUGCAUCCACCACAGAUCCUGCCUUACUCACCAGCUUAUCCAACUGUACAGUGUUCUUCUUCUUGAGGCUUCCUCCCCAGCAGACCACAGAGCUGAAAAAGACACUGGAGAUGACUGUCUGUAACAAAGACGAUGAAGCCCCCAAACGUAUGCUUCCUCUCUCUGCUCCUUCUCCUCAUCGUCAGUCAUCAAGGUUGAAUUCCCUUGUGUCAUGUGUCUUGCUCAGUGGCGUUGGCGGCAGGAUCAUAGGAGGAGCAGAGGUGGAGCCGUACAGUAUCAGUUACCAGGCCUCUCUGCGCUUCUUUGGGCAGCACUUCUGUGGAGGAACGCUCAUCCACGAGCAGUGGGUGAUCUCUGCUGCCCACUGUUGGAGACCGCCCCAGCUGAUCCAGGUGGCUCUGGGCAAACAUAACCUGUAUGAGCAGGAGCCCACAGAGCAGGUGUUCAGAGUGGCCACUCUCAUCAAACACUUCAACUACUACUCCAGGACCUUUGACAGUGACAUCAUGAUGAUCAAGUUGGAUCGUCCUGUAGUCCUGACCUCAGCAGUGGGUCUGGCCCCCCUCCCUCAGGCGGACCAGCCCCCUCUCUCCUGGUACACCCAGUGCACAGUGUCUGGGUGGGGGGUAACCACGCUCUGGUCGUACAGUCUGUCUCCAGUACUGCGCUCUGUACAGGUGGACUACUUUCCCAACUGCUGGUACUUCUAUUACUACAGAGUGACAGAGAACAUGAUCUGUGCGGGCUCGUGGAGGGGCGGGAAAGACUCCUGCCAGGGCGACUCGGGCGGGCCUCUUAUGUGUAACGGUGAGCUCCAGGGCAUCGUUUCGUGGGGCAUCGGCUGUGCCUACUCCUACUACCCCGGAGUGUACACUCGCGUCGCCAACUUUGUGGAAUGGAUCCGAUGGGUGAUCCAGACCCAUGAACGAGCCUGAAGCAGGAUUAAAGCCAGACUAAAACAGAACUAAACCAGGACUAAAGAAGGACUAAACCAAGACUGAACCAGCCAAUAAAUGAUUAAACCAGACCCUUGAACGAGUGACUAAACCAGGAUUAAACAAGAAUUAAACGAGGACUAAACCAGGACAAACCCUGGGCUAAACCAGGACUAAACCAAGGAAUAAACCAGGACUAAACCAGGACUGAACCUGGAC